AUCUAUGUGUAUAUAUACAUAUAUAUAAAUAUAUAUAUAUUUAUUUGUUUAUCUGUUUUAGCAGCCUCUUAAAAGUAUAAAUAAAAGUAUAAAUAAAAGAUCUUUCAGGAAUAGAUGAUGUCAUCCGGAGCUGUUGGAUUACAUUUGACCUACUUUUGAAACUUCUGUGGAAUUAUUUCGAUGGCCAGUUUAUAAAGAUGUAAAUAUUUAAUGAGUCUAACAAACAAAGUUUAUUUUUUAAUUUUGAUGUAAUAACAAAAUAUACAUGAUGCAGGGUGUUGUGGGUGCUCAGGGUGCUGGUGGGUUCAGGGUGCCCCCCCUGAUCUGACGCCGGAAUAAGAAGAGGUCCCUCCUCCUCCUCCUCUUCCUCCUCCUCCAGUGAGUCGUGGUCCUGUUCGUGUCACACAGACCUGAUGGAUUUUAAAACGUUAUUUGAAGAAGAAGAUGAUGAAGAUCUAUACAAAGCACCAGCCCGCUCGCAGAGCGCGGUGUCCCCCCCGGACCCGGACCGACCCGGUCCCAUGGGGGGCCAGAGGAAGAGGAAGCGGACCAUCUUCAGCCGGGCCCAGCUGGCCGAGCUGGAGCGGGCCUUCGCGGGGACCCCGUACCCGGACAUCACGCUCAGGGAGCGGCUGGCCGCGAGCACGCACCUGCCCGAGAGCAAGAUCCAGGUGUGGUUCCAAAACAGAAGAGCCAGAAUUAUCAAGACCGUGAGGCUCCCCAAGUCCACCAGGCCCGCCCCGGGAGGUAGAGGCGCUGCUGUUCCGUCCCCCGGGCCCGUGACCUCCACCGCCCUGGCGGAAAUAUUCAGACCCGAUCCGAACCACGCCUGCGAGGACGUCCCGCAGAUCUACGCCGACUGGAUCCAGAUCUACGGCCACACCGCCUCAUCGCCGCCAUCUUCCUCCAAACUCUCGGAGCCUCGUCUGUGGGAGGAGGACCAGCACCAGCACCACCAGCACCACCAGCACCACCACCACCACCAGCAGCACCUGGGCCCGGCGCCCCCCGGGUUCCUCCCUGGUUCCCUCCCUCAGCCCGGCAGCAGGCCUCCUCUCCACCCGGCCUCCACCCGGUCCUACCAGACCUUCAGGACCUUCAGACCCCAGAGCGAGGCUCCUUCUGGGGCCCGUCCGGCCGCGUUCGGAGGAGGCGGAGCCGUUGCAGGUGGAGGUCACACCUCUGUGGACCAGGUGGUUCCUUCCCACCCUCAGCCGGUGUACUGGGAGGUGGCUCAGGGCCAGGGACACCACCAGCACCAGCACCAGCACCAGAACCAGCACCAGCCCCACCCGCACACCUCCAUGGGCUACAUCUCAGACCUGAUCUACAACGCCGCCGUCGUCACCAACUUCCUGGAAUACUGAUCUGGGAACUGUUCUUAAACUCAACUCCUUUGUUUCCAGCGCCAACUGUUCCUCAAACAUCUGUCUCCAGUUGUUGUUGUUGUUGUUGGCGGUUUUCGUCUUUUCGUGCUAUUUAUUACAUUUCUGGCUCAGUUUCUUACUUUUAGACAUAAAUUUAAACCAUUUUAAACUUUGCUUGUGCUUCAGAUUUAUUGGCUGUAUGUAGAGCAUCUUCAAUGCAUUUUUAAAAUGCAUAUAAACAAAUAAAAUACAAGAGAUGUUUUUGUUUUACAA